AAACUUCAAAAACCAAUGAAAACAUUAGAAAUGUUCAUGGGCGACUUACCUACAACACCCAUAAAGGCGAAGCAGACAGCUGAGCGGUCGCGUAAACAGUGAAAUUCUGCAGAAAUGGGUAAUCCGAAACUUGCAAUGAUCAUCAACAAGAACCUUAGCGACGAGUUCCUGGUCGAGAAGCAAAAACAGCCGGCGAAAUUUGGGGAUGAAGCGUAUGAUUGCUUCGUCGAUUCCGAUCUUUGGGACUUGCCGUCGACAAAUUUACCGGUUCUAGAAGAUGGAGUCAGGUCCGGAUUUACACUCUCUGUACUCGAAUCGUGCUCGGUGGAGGUUGAUUUGAUGAAUUUUGACUUCGAAUCCACCCUGAUUCUGCUGUUGGCGAAUUUAGGGAUUGGUUUAAGCGAUGUAGGAGAUUGGAGAUUCGUCAGGUAUGUAGAGGAGCCUGAGUUUGGACCUGGCCCCUGCGUCCGUACUUGUUUCAUUGCCGGGAAGCUCUUGGAUCAUACAAAUCGAAGUUUUCAAGACAGCUAUAAGUGGAUGUCCAUGGAAGCAUGCUUUGACUGUCUUAUAGAUGUUAAACCGGGAAGUGAUCGUGUUGGGCCAUUAGUACUACUCGGACUUGGCGAUGAUUCCCGUCAGUCCAUGAAGCAUAAGUUGUCAUCUUCUCUGCCUAUCCAGGAAUAUCCGCCUGGUGUUAUGCUUGUGCCAAUGCGUAGCAGGACACUGAAACCUUUCAAGACAACGAAUUUGGUUGUGUUUGCUCCAGAAAAUGGUUCAGGGGAUCAUCAAGGGGCUGAUUUUGCAGCUCAUGGGGAUGCAUUGAUAGUGGAUCCUGGAUGCCUCUACAAACUCCACGUUGAGCUUAAGAAAAUCGUUGAUGCGUUGCCUAGAAAGCUAAUUGUCUUUGUUACACAUCACCAUCGUGAUCACAUUGAUGGUCUUUCUGCUAUACAAGAGAGCAAUCCUGAUGCUAUUCUAGUGGCACAUAUCAAAACUAGGCAUCGCAUUGGUGGUUGGUCUGGUAACUAUACCCCAGUUUCUGGAGGAGAAAACAUCUAUGUCAACGGACAGCGAUUGACCGUCAUUUUUGCUCCGGGACACACAGACGGCCAUAUAGCACUACUUCAUGUCUCCUCUCAUUCGCUGAUUGUUGGUGAUCAUUGUGUUGGUCAAGGAAGUGCUGCCUUGGACAUCAGGGGAGGUGGUAACAUGACAGAAUACUUUCAGUCGACUUAUAAAUUCCUGGAGCUUUCUCCACAUGUGGUGAUUCCCAUGCAUGGAAGGGUCAAUUUGUGGCCGAAGCACAUGCUUUGUGGAUAUCUCGAGAAUCGCAGAAACAGAGAAGAAUCCAUCCUAAAGGCCACUGAGGAUGGAGCUCAGACGUUGUUUGACAUAGUUGCCAGUGUGUACGCAAGUGUAGAUCGGAGAUUCUGGUGGGCUGCAUCAUCAAACGUAAGGCUGCAUAUCGACAAUCUGGCUGUAGAAAACAAGUUACCAGAGGGAUUCUCAAUCCGGAAGUUCAAAGCAAGUUGCGGAUUGCGUUUUGCUAUACGGUGGACAGCGGGUUAUAUCAGUAGCCAGAUACCAUGCAAGAUCAAUAAGCAAGGUCUUAUAAUGUCACUGAUAGCUGCAGGAGCUGGAUAUUUUCUUCUGUACACAUCUAAAAGGAAGAAUCAGAUUGAAUCUUGAUGAGUAAGUGAUGAUAGUGAAGAAUGGUAGGGAUCUAUAAAUCUUACUAUUACAAAAGUGAAGAAUGGUAGGGAUCUAUAAAUCAUCAUACUAUUAAAAGGUAAGUAAAUUUGGCAAUAUCCCGUUUUAUGAACUUCCACUUCAUUAUUAGAGUAUUAAAAACACUCAAAAAAAUGGAAAGUUGACUUUUAA